CCCGUACGCGCCCCACAGACGCUCACGGACGCGCGCACACUCAGACGCACGCGCCCCGUCCGUCACCAAUCACAAGUCACCGCCCACAUCGCGCGCAGAGACAAGGCGAUUCAACCCGGCGGAGCCGCGCAGACAGCGAGCGGUUCAUCCGGCCGCGAGCGAGCAGCGCGCAGACGUUGAGGAAUAUUUUGGUCUCUUUUUUUAAACGUUGCCUUUAAGGAUUUCUCCCGGCGGAAAUGUUUCAAGAUCCGACUGCAGACGCUUUCCUCCGUGUUGUGGUGCGCUGCUGGGUCUGACAACGGGAGCUCAGCUGCAGGAUAACGGUCUCCACGCCGAAGGCCCCCCCCCGGACCAACGAGACAUGCUGGCCGCCAUGCUGCGGCAGAGUUCUGGCGGUGGAUCAGGAGGAGGAGGAGGAGGAGGAGGCGGCGGCAACAACGACAACAACGGCAGCGGCGGAGGAACCAAACUCCCUCUCGGCUCCCGGCUCUCUAACUCCAGCUCGCGUUCUUCGGGGCCCGCCGGCGCCAAGGUCGGCUCGGGGAGCUCGGACGGCACGGACGCGCCCGCCUCCGAUCCGAUCUACAUCAUGCAGCUGGUCAGCGACGUGCGCAAGUUCGCUGACGUGCUUCUGCAACUAAAGGAAGUUUUCAUCUCCAAAGAGCACCAGGACUGCCUCCAUCAGGCGGCGCACGAGCGUCUUGGAGAGCUGCUGCGAGUCCUGAAGCUCAUCAUUGGCAAACACCAGAGCCUCAACUCGGUGGACAUCCUGAGUACAGCUGGCACUGUCAUUGCCACGGUCAAAGGCGUGAAUUUUAAGGAGGUGAACGAGGAGAACAAACAGAAGCUUUUCGGAGAGAUCUACGCUGCUAUUGACACAUUGGCGUUCACCUUUGGCAAUGUAGUGUCUGACUUCCUUAUGGGAGAUGUAGAGAAUGGAUCGGUGUUGGGGCUCCCCCUAACUAAGAGAAGCAGGUCUUUUGAGAACCUCUCUGUGGAAUCUGGAGGAUCCGGCCCAGAGAAAGAUGAUCUGCCAGGGCCGUCCCAGCCGGUUCGGGCAGAAGAGGUGGACCGGACGCUGCAGCGGCUGGACAGCGGGGUGGAGUCAGCGCUGCUCUACGCUAAGGCCUGGUCCAAGUACACCAAAGAGCUGCUGGCCUGGGUCGAGAAGCGCCUCAGCAUGGACGUCGAGUGUGCAAAGAGUUACGCCAAAAUGGCAGAGUCUGCCAAGACGCUCGCAAGUCAGCAGGAAUUUAUGCCUUUUUGUGAGAUCUACAUGGCUGCCUUCAAAAAUGACAUUGAAUACAGCCAGCUGGUACUUCAGACUGCUGCAGUACUCCAAAGCAACAAAUUCAUACGGCCUCUUCUGGCCAGAAAGAAUGAGCUGGACAAACUACGAAAAGAGGUCAAGGAGCAGUGGCAGAGAGAGCAAAAGAAAAUGAAUGAGGCGGACAGUGCUCUGAAGAAGGCGCGGCUGCUGCAGGUCCAGCGGCAGGAGGAGUACGAGAAGGCCAAGGUGUCCACCAGCCGCCUCGAGGAGGAGCAGAUCGGAGGGGCAGGAGGAGCCGCGGCGGCCAAACAGCUGGAGAAGAGGCGCAGGCUGGAGGAGGAGGCCCAGCAGAAGGCUGAUGAGGCCAGGGAGCACUGCAAAGCAUGUCAGAUCGAUGUUGGGGACAAGAGAGUCGAUCUGACCAACGCCAAGAGCGAGAUCAUCACGCAGAUCCGUGUGAUGGUCUCCCAGUGCGACCUCACCCUCAAGGCCGUGUCCGUCAACUGGUUCCAGCUCCAGCAGGCCCAGGUCGUGUCCCUGCCCGUCAACCACCAGAGUCUGUGUGAAAAUGCCAAACUGUACGAGCCGGGGCAGCGCUACAUCGACUUCGUCAGGGGUCUUCCCACGGACGGGCCUCGCCUGGAGUCCCACUCGUUUGAUUCGGCCGUCACGCACGGCACCGGGAUGCUGUUCAGCAAGCGCCUACUAAGUGGCAGCCACUCGUCCCACAGUAACCUGUCACAGGCGUCGGUGACCUCUGAUCUCCUCGGUGCAGAUGACAUGGAAAGUCCUGUCACUGCCCAGCAUGCCAAGAUUGCUGAAAGGCACUCCAACAGCAGCACUGACAUUCAAGCACUUCGGACUCAGGCCUCGUUUCGUCCCUGGGCCUCGGCCAGCCACGGUGGAGGUAUGUGCAGCGACUCGGAAAGUGCCGGAGGGAGCAGUGAGUCCCGGUCGAUGGACUCGCCCACUGCGAGCCCAGGAGACUUCAAGAGGAGAUUACCUAGAACCCCCUCAACUGGCACCAUGUCGUCUGCUGAUGACCUGGAUGAUAGAGAGCCUCCUUCACCCUGUGAUAACGGGGUGAGUGAGAUGAUAAUCGAGACGGCCAGCUCUCCGGGUCCCUUUAGAAACACCCAGAUGUCCAAGGCGGCUCAAACCCACAAGCUGAGGAAGCUUAGGGCGCCAUCAAAGUGCAGAGAGUGCGACGGCCUGGUGGUGUUUCAUGGAGCGGAGUGUGAGGAGUGUUCCUUGGCCUGCCACAAGAAGUGUCUGGAGACCCUGGCCAUCCAGUGCGGCCACAAGAAGCUCCAGGGGAAGCUCCAUCUCUUCGGCAUUGACUUCACUCAGGCAGCUAAGAACAGUCAGGACGGCAUCCCCUUCAUCAUAAGGAAGUGCACGUCAGAAAUCGAGAACCGAGCCCUGAACAUAAAGGGUAUCUACCGCGUGAAUGGUGCCAAGUCUCGGGUGGAGAAGCUUUGCCAGGCCUUUGAGAAUGGCAAGGACCUGGUGGAGCUCUCCGAACUUUACCCCCACGACAUCAGCAACGUACUCAAGCUCUAUCUGAGACAGCUUCCACAGCCGCUCAUCCUGUUCCGAUAUUACAACGACUUUAUCGGCCUGGCCAAGGAAAGUCAGAGUAUCAUUGUGGAGGAACUGGAGGCAUUGAGACGUAGUCCGACCUCAGUGACCCCGGCCCAGGUCAGCGUGGACCUAAACCGGAUCCUCUUCAAGAUCAAAGACCUACUGAGACAGCUGCCACCUGUUCAUUACAAGACACUGCAGUUCCUCAUAGAGCAUCUGCACCGAGUGACGGAGCAAUCGGAGGAGAAUAAGAUGACAGCCAGCAACCUGGGCAUCAUCUUUGGCCCGACACUGAUCAAACCGAGGCAGGCGGACGCCGAGGUCUCCCUCUCCUCACUGGUGGAUUACCCGUAUCAGGCACUCGUGGUUGAACUUCUGAUCAGACACUACCAGAUGAUCUUCGACACCCCCCUCAGCCCACUGAGCCCCACCUCGCCCGCAAAGAUUGACGGUCGACCCCGCCACGCCCCCCAGGAGAAGGAGCAGCUGCUGAGCAGGCACUCCAAGUCGCUGGGAGACAUUAAGGAGCAGAGCUCUAAGGUGUAUAAGAGGCAUUCCUCCAUGAUUCCUUCUUCACACUUAUUGGCGGAGGUUCAUGAGUCAAUGCCCCGCCUCAAUGGAAGCGAUUUUGAACGCGUUGAUGAAGUGGAUUUAGAGGCCUUCCAAGGGGUUUCGCCAUCAGGCGUCCAAGACAUCCCGAAACCCGGCGAGGGAGGCCUCUGCCGCUCUCAGCAUAUCCCCGUGCCCAGGGUCCAGCUUCGACACCCGCGCAACAAACUGUCCUCCCGGCCGGCGAGCCUGCCAGCCGAACGGGUAGCCGGCCGAGGUCAAAUAGACGAGAACAACACGCGGAACAGCGCCGACCAAGACGACCGGAAGGGAGCGGGUUGCGACCAAUCCAUCGAAGAGGUGGACGAAACCGAGAGUACAAAAUCUCGAGCGGGCACACAUUACCGGCGGACGUUUAUCGACACCCAGACGUUACGCAGGACUUGGGACAAACAGUACAAGCACGAUGUCGCGGCCAGGACUGUGCGAAUCGUGGCCAGUUCUCCCUCAGAGAGCACAGCAGUGGAUGCAAGCGACGUGUCGGCGUCUGUACCGGUGUCCUCGUCGUCUUUCACUCUCGGAACCACUGCGAGCAUUAGCACAAUCUUCCCUAAUAGACCUUACACGGUUGCAGUGCGACCUAGCAGGAUUUUAAGAAGGGAGGACAAUCUCACCAAGUACAAUACCGUCGCAACAGGUUUUAGGGCCCCCAGGACGCUUCAGCCGCCCCCAGGGACCUUCUACAAGCCCCCGUCGGGGAGCAAAGCUAAGGAGCUGCACAGCUGUCCAUCAGCUAACAGCGCAGAGGAAGAAGAUGAGGAGGAGGAGGGGGAUGAUGAUGAUGAUGAUGAGGAGGAGGAGGAAGAGGGGAUUGAGAUCGAGGUGUCUGUAGAUGAGCCUCUGGAGGAAGACGAUGAAGCCGACCAGGCAGCCAUGUCUCAGUCCCCCAGCUCGAGCCUGGAGGAACUGAGCCCAGACCAGGCCAAACCAGUGUACCAGAGACUACGGCCCAGGCGCCUCCAAGAGGUCGAACGUCGGGAGGCUCAUUUUGUGUGACCACCCGAGGGUCAUCAGAGAUCCAGAUGCAACAGUGCUUGAACAUUGACAAUGUGGGCCGUAUUCUAAUAUGCAGGUGGUGAGAAACAUCUGCAAUUGACUCAGCAGUUUCCACAUGCGCUUCAAUGAUGGCCACAGACAAACAAGAUGCACUUAAAAUGUUGCAUGUUCUAAUUCACCUAUAUUUCAUUUACCAAUCUCUUGCUCACUACACUCUGGCACCCGGUCAGAAUAUUUAUGUUUUUUUUUAAACUGUGCAAUUUUGUGUGAAUAUUUUCUCCCAAGUUCCUACAGGCUCACGAUGAUGUUUGUUUAUAUACCAAAAAUUAAAGUUUUUAAAACAGUCCAUGUAGCCACAACACUGAAAAAAAGGUGGGUGCACUUAUCAAUACUCUACAAAUCUUUCUGAGUCAGUUUCAAAUGUUUUAUGAACUGUUACAUUUAGGUUGUAAUUAAUAAUGUUACAAAUAACUUGUGUAUUAAGCUAUAUAAUGACCUUUGUUUGAUGCUGUACUGAGUAUCUGCAUUGGCAUCGGGUAAUGUUAUAAAGCACCAGUUGCAAAGGGUAAACAUCCACUUGUUUUUAUACUGUUGAACUUGUACGGUGUCAACUUACACUGAUCUGAAAAGCUUUUAGAAAUGCCACUGGAUUGUAUAAAUGGUAUUAUCUGUCUUUUUUUUAUAUAACUUUUACAUUUCAUAAUAGCCAAAGCAUUCUUUCCCUUUUACAUCUGAAUUAGUUUUAUCAGUAACCUAAGCCUUACAUGUUCUUUGUAACAGGAAGUGCAUCAUGUAUUUAAAUCUGUUUUUCAUGUUAAUGUACAAGGUUGGCAGAAUGUUUAAAGGUUCAGAGUAAAAACAAAACAAAAAAAAAACUGGUACAUGAAACACCCAUUUGUAACUUAUUAAAAUAUAUCUGACAAAUUA